AUGACCUUGCUAGCAAGAGUAUUGGCGGCCACAGCGGCGGCGCUCUUUGGAGCCCUCGUAAGCCUGCUGCUCCAACAUCACCACGAUAUUCUUCUCUCCUCCUCGUCAUCAAUCCCACUCCCAUCCUGGCUGGCGUCUCUCCUGACCCCGCACCCACAAGCCAUUGAGCCUUUCACCUGCCAGCCGCACAGCUACACUACCGAGAUCAUCAGCGUCGACCCUCUCCUGAUCUACAUCCACGACUUCCUGGCCCCAGGCGAGAUCCCUGCCCUCCUCGAGGCAGGCGAGCCCCUUUUCCAGCCCUCCGGCAUCCACCGCAAGAGCGGCGGCAAGGCACAUAACCAGGCGCGCACCUCGCACUCGGCCAUCCUCCCCGUCGACCUCCCCGCAGCGCAGUGCGUGCGCAACCGCGCCGUGUCGUUUCUAGGCACGCUCCUGACGAUCCCACAGGGCGACGACGUGCUACCCUUGCAGCUGGUGCGCUACGGGCCCGGGCAGCGGUUUGACGCGCACUUUGACUGGUUCAGCGCCGACCGCCUCCCCGAGCACAAUGGCGUGCUGUGGAACCGCGUCGCGACGUUCCUGCCUGUGCUGGAGGACGACUGCACCGCGGGCGAGACGUGGUUCCCCAACGUGAGCGCGCCGGCCAAGGCGGUGGCGGAGUCUCGCGCGCGGGGCGGUGAGGCGCUGUGGAGGGUGCAUGAGGACGGGGGCAUUGCGGUGCGGCCUGUCAAGGGCAAUGCGGUGUUCUGGGUGAAUCUGCUUGCCAAUGGGACGGGGGACGUGCGAACGAAACAUGCUGGGCUGCCGGUCGAUUCUGGGAUCAAGACGGCUAUGAACAUUUGGCCUGCGAGGUUCUUUUCUUGA